AUGGAUUCCAAAAUAUACUUUCUUUUGGGUCUUCUUUUGGUAGUUGGUGUUGUUGAUAUUUCUGAAAGUGCCCCUAAUUGUACAGGAGUUAUUUGUCCAGCCAUAGCAUGUGGUAUCGGAUCUAUAGAAGUAAAAAGAAAGUGCUGUACAUUUUGUGUAUUCGUAAAAAAGGCUGGCGAGUCCUGCGGACCCGAUGACGUUUGUGCUGAUGGAUUGGUCUGUCGUAAUAAUGUUUGUGAAACCCAACCAUAUUGA